AUGAGCCGCUACGUCCUGAGUCCGCGCGCCGCUGCCGCCGGGGGCAGCGUCGGCGCGUCCAUGCUGCGCUACACGGCCGUACCUCGGGAGCACGAAGACGACCAUGCGACGCCCAUCGAGGCCACGGUGCUCGUCUCGGACGCGCGGGCGACGUCGCCACGCCUGCGUAGACGGUCCUCGGCCGACGACACCCAUGCGACCGUCUCGUCGCCGCGCGCCGCACCGGCGCCCGUCGAGCCAUCGCAUCAUGACGCGCCUGCGCUGGACCCGCUCGAAGACGUUGGCGGCAACCUCCGUAUCCGCAUUCUCGACCUCAACGGCAAAGUGUUUGAUAUUCACGCCAGCGCCGAGUGGCCCGUGGGCCAGCUCAAGGCGGUUGUGCGCAACAAGAGCGGUGUCGACGAGAGCCGCCAGCGCCUUAUUUACCGCGGACGUGUCCUGGACGACGAAGGCACGCUGAGCGAGUACAAGCUCGAGGACGGGCACACGGUGCACCUUUUCGUGCGGCAGGUAGCGACGCCGCCCGAGCCCGAGGCGGCGUCGCAAGCAUCCGCGAGCAGCGUGCCGCCGCCGACGUUCAGCUUUGACGACCACCACCACCAGAUCCACUUUGGCGCGAACGAAACGAUCACGUCGGCGGUGUUUCCGUCCGAGUCGGCGCGCCGCCUCGACCCGCUCAUGCUCGACUCACCGCUCGGGAUCGCUGCGCGCCGCGUCAAGCUCUGGGCGUCGUUCAUCCUCAUCAUCAACACGAUGAAGCUCCUCGGCGAGUUUGCGUUCCUCGCCAACAUGCGCGCCAUGCACGCGCAGCGCAACGUCGAUGCGAACAUUGAGAAAAUGUACAAGUACAGUCCGCUCUACGACGGCAACUCGUAUGUGACGGCCGCCAAGCUCUUUUCGUAUGCGUGGGGCGUCUACGUCGGCUGCGUCGGCUUCAAGGCCGCGCACGACACGGACCUCCGGCCGAUCCGAACGUACUGCUCGGGCAUUGCGAUCCUCGCCGUCUUCUCGGUGGCCGAGCAAGCGUACGAGAUUUUCCACUUUUCCCAGUGGGACCCUGUCGAGUACGAGCAAGUGAAGGCCAAGACGCAGAUGUACGCGCAGCAAAAGCCAUCGCUGGACGAGCUCAUUCGGUCGUCGAUCAUCCAAACCUUCCUCCUCGCGAUCAUGUGGUGCUGGGCCGUGCGCCACGCCGUCUUGCACAAGGAAGAGGUCGGGCAUCAUAAUGCGAUUCUGGCGGCCGCGGCCAUGAGCGCGGUGCCGCUGCCGCCGCUCGAAUCGAUCGCUGCCGGCAACAUUGAAGACCGCCCGGCCAUGGUCCGCUCCACAAAACGAUAA